AUGAAACUGAAAAACCCAAACAUUCUCAACCAGUACAUUAGAGAAUUAGAAACACACAAACCUGAAGUGGAAAGUAAAAUUAACAAUGAUGAUACUAAUCAAGCUUGGAACGCUCUGAAAGAAAAUAUCAUACGAGCAACUACCUCAGUUUUGGGACAUUUUACUACAACUAAGAACCCCUGGUUUGAUGCCGAGUGCUCGAACGCUAUCGAAGAUAGAAAAUUAGCAAGGGAAAAAUUCCUACAAAAACCAAUAACACAAAACAAACUUAUUUUUGAAGAGAAACAGAAACUUGCCAGGAAACUCAUUAGGAAAAAGAAAAGGGAUUUUAUGAAUUACAAAUUAAAAAGAGCUGAGAAUGACCGUACCACAGACUCCAGAGGAUUUUUCAAGAGCAUAAAUAUGUUUAAAAGUGGGAAUAUAAAAAAUUAUGGACAGUUCAUAACAGACCCAGAUGGCUCCUUGCUAACAGAAAGAAGUGACAUUGCUAACAGAUGGAAGGAAUAUUUUAAUGAGUUACUAAAUGCUCCAACUAUAAACGUCUCUCAGGAAGAUGACAAUGAAUAUCUUACUGCUGACCCAUCGGACGAAGAGCCCAGCGUAGCAGAAAUUAAAGAAAGCAUCAAGAAGCUGAAGAGACAUAAAGCUCCUGGAAGUGAUGGUAUAGACACAGAUAUAUGGAAGCUCAGUCGUGACCAGAAGGAUCAGGUGCACUGUGUAAACCGUAUAUUCACAGGAAUGUACGAGCGGCAUGCAUUCGUGAAUUAUAAGACAGCACGGUAUGUUGCAUCGAUGUCUAACGACGUGGGAACUAGAGACGGAGAUAGCAAAUGA